CCCUGGCGCCUCAACGAGAUGUUCUGUUCCCAACGUUUGGUGGUGGUGGUAGGCUUGUUGGCUGCACUUCUUGUAUUCGCUGAAGUUGCUCUACAGGGUAGCUGGAAUGUCGAAAGAAAUCUCUCUGUCACCAGUGUUGAUCGAAGCAUCGCAUCACACACUACUGCUUCCGGAUCAUCAGCCUUUGGCGACGGCAAAAAGGAGAUUGCAGAAUUCAACAGCAGCAGCCAACAUCGUGGGCUCUUCGAUCGGGGUGCUCGCGAUGGCCGUGGCGAGCGGAGAGCGCGACUGGCUUUUCUGAUCAUGUCCUCGGGGGACGACAUCGCCAAGCUGAGCGUCCUUCUGCCCGAGAUCUACCACCCCGACAACAUCUACCUUGUGCACGUUGACGCGAAAGCCCCGCGAGAGCAGACGGAGAAGAUUAGGGAGGUGGUCAGGGCCAACUUUCCCGCCGCAGACGGCCGGCCUUCGAACGGCAAGCUGCUGGAGCCUGCGGGCAUCGUCUCGUGGGGCGGGUUUUCCAUAACGCUGGCUUGCUUGUACGGAAUCGCGGCGGCGCUGCUGUGGGACGAGGGGUGGGACUACUUCAUAAACCUCAGCACCUCUGACUUCCCGGUUGUGACCCAGGACGAGAUGACCCUCUUCUUGGGGGAGCACGCCGAUGCCGGGGUUAGCUUCAUGGACGGGGAGCCUAUGACGGGCUUCGAGAAACGGUGGCAGGGAUACACCGAAGACCAGGGGCUGCACCGGCGCGCGGAUCACCACACGUCGGUGGCGAUGCAGACGCUCGGGAGGAUACAGCGGGCGUACCCGCAGCGGUUCCGGCUGUACAAGGGGGAGUUCUGGGGAGCGUUCCACCGAUCGUUCUGCGAGUACGCGUCGUGGUCGCCAGACAACGUGGCGAGGACCCUGUCGGCGUACUUCACGGGGUACCGCAUAUCAGACGAGAGCUACUUCCAGACCCUGGCGUGCCACCCAGAGGGCAAGGUGUUCCCCAUUCAUGGCGAUAAUUUUCGCUUCACCAGCUGGAACGAGCACCACAGGGACAGCCACGGCCGAAAGGUCGAUGCCAACGGGCAUAUCCUCAUCCACCCGGAGCCUCUGGCUAUCGCUAGCAUCGACAAAAUAAAGGCAAGUUCCAGCGGCGCGCUGUUCGCCCGCAAGUUCGACUACGUCAAGAGCUACCAAGUCUACCAAGCCAUGCAAGACGACCUACGAAAUCGGGACAGGUCCGCCGCGCGGCUGGAACGCGCCCGGGCACGGUUCGGACUGAGAGCUAGUGACAAGGGGGGACGCGACGAUUUCUGCGGGGGGGGGUACAAGGCGUUCCGCAGGAGAACGGAGGAGCAACGGAACGAAGGGGGUGGCGGUGUUGGUACGGCAGUUCCCCGCUGACAUGGUGGGUGCGUAAUGUGUAUUUCACCACGAGUGCGAGAGAGAGGUUCGCAUUGUAGAAGGAAAGCGGACACCGCAGCACCCGUGAAGAGAUUUUCACGCGGGGGUGGGGGGGGUAAUUGAAGUUGUAAUUUACAAAUACGGGGUGAUGCGUGCCUAGGUGGUGCCGGAAAGGCGCAUAGCGCUUUGUGUGGAAGUCGGCAUGUGCGACUGUUUUUGUGGAAAUAAGUUCUCGUUAGGGGAUCCGAUGAGCGCAUUGGCGAUGCCAAUUGUUGCAACAGAAGUUUGUCCGCUGGUGUGAGUGAGAGGUCUCAGUAGCAGCACCUCAUGUGGAGCCCGGUCGAUCGCUACUCUGAUGUAAGGGUAUCAAGGUGGUCUUACGCGAGAAUGGUAGCGCGAGCGUCGCGCCCCGGCGUUUAGGGCUAGAAGUGCCGCACGAUGGUGUUGAAUGUGCGCGGCUUGAACUGAUGCGCUUUUUCACUGUUUUUUGCGGCGCCACGUCAGUCUACAUAGUGCGGACUUUUGUCUUUUCCUACUGUGCGUUUAUGCUCACCAGUGUGCGGCGGCUGCCGCGGCCGCUGCUGCCGCUGCUGCUGCUGCUACGACUGCAGCUGCUGCUAUGCGUACGCGCCGAGAAUGUUGAGGGUGCGGGAGGGGAAAAGGUGUGCGUGGUGUCGUCCUUUGCGCUAGAUAGGCGUUUCGAUGUGUUUCACUAAGAAUUGUUCCAGAAUCUGCACAUCUUGUACGGUAAUUUUUUCGUGUAUUUUUUGUCGGAACACGCCCUGCGCGUGGGGCGGGGUCUUAUGUAUUGUCGUCGACCGCGCUAACCGGCUGCUGACCAAUGAGAAGACGUCGGUCUGCGUGCCGCUGAAAACACAAAAUGCUCUGUGUGUAUGUCGAAGCACUUCGUUUAGAUUGUUUAAGUUGGAUGUUUUGCAGGAGAGCGAAGGGCUGUAGCCUUUCCUGAAACCAAUAUGUCUGUUUCGACGGCCGGCAAUCCGGCCGCGCUGCUGGGGCUAGGCUUCGGCUGCGCUAUGGCGGAACUCGUUUCUUCCCAACAUUGUUAGUUGGUGUUGCUGCUAGGACUUCACAACGCGGUUACCGACUUGCCCCUCAAUUUUCUCUCACCCGCACAUCGUGUGUUUUUUACGAUAGUGCGGUUGAGCUAUUGAAUCGAGCUUCUUUUCCGUGUGGUAAUACGGCGUUGAGAGGGAGAAAACGGCGGUCACCGAGUUCUCGUUUUCCAAAUGAUACCCAGCUACAAGCAAUGUCGACGGUAAGCCUAGGGCGGUAGGUAUUGCUGGCCAGCCCACACAGCGCGCCGCGUGAAGUGAUAGGGGGGGUGUUGGGUAUGGGGAGGCGUAAGUACUCUGGGAGAGUGGUGCUGUACUGGUGCCUCGAGACCAUGCGCCGGGAAGCCGCAAUCUGCGGCAGGGUUGCUCCACGAAGGGGCCGGGCAUAGGUUAUCUUGCAAAAUUAUUAUGAUCAUUAGUUUACGCCUCAGUUCGUGCCCCGAUGGAAAACUGAUGUUACAGGAAUUUCGUUAUUCGGCUGGGGGAGUAUUCUAUCUACUGCAGGGCUCUCGUCUGUAUUCUGUACUUGUGACAAACCAUUGGUAGGAAAGUAUUUGUCGACGAUGCGGGGGUGUCGGCUCCUUGGUGUAUUCAAAUAUUUCACGUGCACCUGAUUGUUUGUCUCGCCUGUCCAAGGUAUUGUCGUUUGUUCGGCCAUGUAGCUGUUCAGUGCUCAACAUGACGGCACUCUCGUUGUCAGAAUCUAAAUGCUCGGUUUCAUGUAGUCCGACUGACUGUUGCUGUCCAAUGUUGAUAUCCAUGUAGUUUUUAGAGUGGAACAAUCUUUCUCAGUAUCUGACGCUGGCAGAUUGGUUGCGUGGGAACUGUUGUGUUGUAUGUCUUCGGCAUCGACAAAGCUGCAACGGCGACUGAUUUGACACCGUGGUACGCUUGGCGAACCUUGCAAG